AUGUUCAGGAUGAAGUGGCAAUCUAUGUUCCUGUUUUUUAUCCUACUGACUGGUUGGUGUUUUCGGCCUGUUAAUGGGGAUUUUGUGGCCUCUGACGAACACUCAGAUAUUGGAAACGAUGAGGGCGUACACCCCAUCAUCCGCAGAGAAACAAACGCAGACGACCCGGACAUGCGCAUGGAAACAAAUUGGGACGUGCCAAACAUGAACGAGGACAACUAUGGCGAUGCUGACUGGCAUCCUCCUUCCUCUUUGUUGGAAACACACUCCGACCUGACACCUGACGCCCCGCUGGUGGUCCGCAGCGACAACACCGAUGCUGAUGAUGGCGCCAACCCAGCCAUGAACCAGAACGUUGGCAGUUCAUCGUCACAGUGCGGUGAUUUCAGCAGCCACCUGACGUCUAACGGUCAGUGCCGGCUGACGGCGAGCCUGCCUCCGGUGGGAACUUCGCAAAAACGCUGCCCGGACAUGUUUCGAUGUACCGAUGAUGUCUCCUAUUGGCUCCAUGAAAACCGGAACAGGAAAGAUCAGCUGGAGGAGCUAAAAGAGACGGUGUCCGAGCUGCAGGAGGAGCUGAGGAACCACCAGCAACGAGUCAAAACCCUGGAGAUGCAGAGUGAAGAAAGUCUUAGUUUAAACUCGACCUUUCAGCAGCGGUUGCGUUCUCUGGAGCAGCGUCAGGCUGAGGCCGACACGUUGCUCCACGUGCAUGCGGCGCUGCUGCAUGAGCUGCAGGCGCAGCUCCGCAACCUGUCAGACACCGUGCAAGGCAUGAGCCACAACACAGGCUGCACGGUCAGCAUCCUCAGAGCUACACCGCCACUCGGCAUGCGAGACACACUGCCACCAGAUGGAAAGUACCUGUCUUUCUGUCCAUCAGACUGCGCGUCUCUGUUUUAUAAUGGCGUUCGUCGUUCUGGGGUUUACACCAUUGUAAUGUCUUCAGGCAGCACCCUGCCUGUCUACUGUGACAUGGAGACCGAGG